AUGUUUCAGAAAUUGCUGUUACUGUUAGCGUUGGUGCUCAUUUAUUGUUCUAAUAAGAACUCGGCCAUAAUUACCGCCAUUGGGUUUUCCAUUCUGGGAUAUUUCGUUACCAAUUUCUUAAUCCCUAAAGUAGGUCCAUCUUUCAUUAAAAUCGGGCUUUUUGGUAAAGAUUUAAGCAAACCAGGGAAGCCAGUUCUCCCAGAGACUAUCGGUGCCGUUUCCGCCAUUGUUUAUUUAUUUGUUGUACUUUCGUACAUCCCCUUUAUCUUUUACAAAUACAUGGUUGUCACAACGUCAGGUGGAGGAGAAAGAGGAAACGUCAUACCAAGUCAUGAGGAAUCGCUUAAUUCCACCAUCUUUCCUCAUGAUAGAUUGUGUGAAUAUUUAAGUAGUAUCCUUUGUUUACAAUCUACCAUUUUAUUGGGUAUUGCCGACGAUCUUUUCGAUUUACGCUGGAGACACAAGUUUUUUCUACCAAUUACUGGCUCAAUCCCAUUAUUAGUCAUUUAUUAUGUUGAUUUUGGUGUCACAUAUGUGUUGAUUCCUGGGUUCAUUCAAAGGUGGAUGCAAUUAACGGCGUCUACGAUAGAUUUGGGUGGGUUAUAUUACGUGUACAUGGCAGCCAUGGGUAUAUUUUGCCCAAAUUCAAUUAACAUACUUGCAGGUGUUAAUGGUUUAGAAGUUGGACAAAGUAUUGUCUUAGGGAUCUUGGAAUUAUUGAAUGAUACCUUAUAUCUGACACUUGGUUCCAAACAAGCAAGAGCAGCCCAUAGAUUUUCUGCUGUAUUAAUUAUUCCAUUCUUGGGUGUGUCACUGGCCUUAUGGAAAUGGAAUCGUUGGCCUGCUAAAGUAUUUGUAGGUGAUACUUAUUGUUACUUUGCCGGGAUGGUGUUUGCUGUCGUUGGUAUAUUGGGACAUUUCUCUAAGACGAUAUUAUUAUUAUUCAUUCCUCAAAUUUUGAACUUUCUUUAUUCCUGUCCUCAAUUAUUCAAGAUAGUCCCAUGUCCAAGACACAGAUUGCCUCAUUUUAAUGAAGAAGAUGGUUUAAUGUAUCCAUCUGUGGCCAAUUUGAAGGAUGAGCCUCCUAAGAGUUGGUUUAUACCCAUUCUAAGACUAUUAAAUUGUUUCAAAUUAAUCCAACUAGAAUUUGAUGAUAAAGAUAAAAGUAAGAUUAUUAGUUGUAGUAACAUGACACUUAUUAAUUUGACGUUGGUAUGGUUUGGCCCCAUGAGAGAAGAUCGUUUAUGUAAUAGAAUCUUACAAAUUCAAUUUUUAAUUGGAUUAUUAGCCUUGUUUGCAAGACAUGCAGGUGGUGCCAUGUUAUUUGGACAUGACAAUCUAUGGACUUGA